UCUACUAACUCGGCAUCUGUGAACCGACGUCGUUCGUGAUUGUUUUAUUUAGUAAAAGUUUUGAAGUCGGUUUUUUUCUGAAGAAGCGGAGAAGAGUUCAAUGGCGCCCCACGAUGUCCGCCGUCCGUUCAAAAGACCGGCAAUCUCCGAUCAACAGCGGCGCAGGGAUCUCUCGCUGCUCCGCCAAUCACAGAACCGCCGUGACGCUCAACACCAGGCUCGCUGCUUAGCGUCCUCCGUCCUUUCCCUGCAAUCCCAAACCCCCGAACCUGUACCUGAAUUUGAAAUUGAGCUCGUGGAAGAACCUGAAUCCCAAUCCGAAGAAGAAUCAGGAACUCUGACGAAGGACCUUGAUGUUCGUCAGGCUUCAAAGCUUAAAGGAGCUGAAGCUCGCAAGUGGUUCGCCGCACAAUUGAUGCUUCCUGAGUGGAUGAUCGACAUUCCUGAUCGCUUGACCCAUGACUGGUAUGUAUUGGCAAGGCCUGCUGGAAAAAGGUGCAUUGUGGUAUCUUCAAACGGAACAACAGUUAGUAGGCUGCGGAAUGGCUCUGUUUUGCAUCAUUUCCAUUCUGCUUUGCCUUGUGGGGCGAGAAUCGAGACAGUCUGCUCUUCUCAAUCCUAUUGUAUACUUGACUGCAUAUUUCACGAGUCCGAUCAAACUUAUUACGUCAUUGACAUGGUUGUUGGCGGGGAUACUCUCUCUAUGUUCACUGCUGAGUUCAGGUUUUUUUGGUUGAACUCCAAGCUGGCUGAGACUGGGGCCUGUGAUUCUCCUUCUCGUUACCAUAAAUUCAGAUUUAGUUCCGUACCUGUAUUCAAUUGUGACCAGAGUGGUCUCUAUGCAGCAUAUACAGGAGUGGUGUCUUAUGUCAAGGAUGGGCUAUUGUUUUAUAACAAGUAUGCACAUUAUCAAACUGGAAACACACCUCUAGCAUUAGUCUGGAAGGACGAACACUGUAGUCAAUAUGUAAUUGACACCGAUAGUAAAGGAGACAUUCCGAGCCAACAACAGGUAGUUUUGGAGCUGCAAGAUGAUGGAAAACUAUCUACAUCAGAUGAUCCUGCUGUCAACUUUGGCUGCUUAGAUAGGGAAUUCAUACAGAAGUCAGAGCUACAUUCUGGUAGUCUUCUAAAGUUUGCCAUUGGUGAUGGAGGAUUGAGUUUUGUGGAUGGGAAGCUUGAGAAGGCUGAUUUACAUUAUCUUGGCAAGACCAAUCGAGCACGCAUGUUUGCAGAUAGUUACUCUAAGGUUAUAUUUCAGUAUAUGGUUCGACAUGCACCGCUAAAAUUUGAUGAUCUGUUAGCUUCUAUUAGCUCAUCAAAUGAUCAAGAAAACAAACUUGAUGAUGUGGAGAUGGUCGGUUGACGGAGUAAUGGUGACUGCUGGUUUCUUUCAUAGUUUUGCCCACUGCCCUCCAUAAAGCAAGCAAAUGUCACUCACUGGAGGAUGGUGAUUGCGCAUGGUUCUCAUCAAUGGUUUAUGACUUUUGUGUAUCUAGCAAACUGACAGCUAGGAAGUUUUGUAUGAUUCCAGUAAGCAGCAGGUGAAUGUAAUUCUUGCCACCUUUUAUGGAGAUAUUUUUUAACCCUUUUUUAUGUAUAUAUCUUUUUGAGUUUUCUUGUAGGCACCUUUGCUAUGCAGAGAUUGUACCACAGCUCAGAAAUAUGACAUAUGCUUAUUUAAAACAAUACAAUUUUGAAUUGUACCAAAUAACCUUAAUUAUAAUAGUGUGGCUUUUUGGUGAUGAUGAUACAAUACGUUUCAUCUCUUUUCA